ACAAAAUCAAAACAACUAUGAAGAGAACUCACUCGAAAAAUCCCGUGUAUUUAGAAUUUAGAUUCUAGGUAUAAAUCUAGAUCUAGAUUAUCUAUCUAUGAGUACAUUUUCUUGUAAAUUAUUUAAGCUAUGAAAAAUGGAAACUGAAUUUCUAGACCAAGUAAUUGACAAAGAUGACAUUACUAAACUUCUUAACCAUUUUGUUAAAACUAGUCACCGAGUAAAAAAUGCCGACAUCAAGGGUGAAACAAUUAUGGAGAAGUGUAUUCUUCUGUUUUCCAAAGACUAUAAAUUCACAAUUGUGCCUAAUUUAAAUGGAGAGCUCUGUGGACACUACCCAAUGAAGCUGGUCAUCAUUGAAUUUGAGAGAGAUACGCAGUCCAGCACGGAGUUAGUUGAAAGCAAAUAUUAUGCUGCAAACAUCCUGCAGAAGAUGAGGAAUGCCAGGUGUGCACGAUGUCGCUCUCGCUUUGUCGUACCUGUUAUUUUCUUUCAGGGAAAGCAUAUUUGUCGCUCUGCCACGUUGUCUGGUGGUCCUGAGAUGUUUGGCAGGUCAACCACAGACUAUCUCAUGUCCAAUCAGAACGAAAGUGGCGAGGAUGUGGGUUUUUCCAUCCGUUACUUUUUCCGCAGGAAGACAGACAUGUUUGACAAGUUCCGGGGGCACGACAUUCACCUCCUGAAAUUUUUUGAUGUUGGCUACAUCUGUGAUCUGAUGGUGGAGAAGAAAAAAACAAAGUUUGGGAUGCCGGUGUCAUCAUCAGAAAAAGUAGAUAAAGAAAAUAGAUAUUCUGAUUUCUCUAUUCUUGGCAUGCCCUAUCCAGGCUGUGAGUUCUUCAAGGAGUGGAAAGACAGCUCCUACAUGGGGGAAAACAUCAUGUACGACUGGAGCCAGGCUUUGAAUGAUUCCUCCUUGGACCUCCCCUCUUCUGCACUGGUGGAUGAUGUCGAGGUUGACUGGUCCAAAUAUAAGGAAUGGAGCCUGGUUGAGCUGACACAGAACUACAUGAAGCUUUUGUUGCAAUACAUCAAGAAAGGAAAGUCUGGCCUGCUGGUCCACUGUAUAUCAGGCUGGGACAGGACCCCUCUCUUCAUCUCCCUACUCAGACUCUCACUGUGGGCAGAUGGUGCCAUACACAAGUCCCUGUCAGCACUGGAGAUUUUGUACCUGACCUUAGGCUAUGACUGGUACCUGUUUGGGCAUGACCUCCCAGACAGAUUAAACAAUGAUCAAGAGGUGCUAUAUUUCUGCUUUAAAGUCUUGAAAGAUAUUUCAACAGAUGACUUUGCUGUUUUAAAAAGCGCGCCAUCGUCACAUGACCUGUCAUCACCACCUCUAGAUGGCCAGGCCAGGGGAGCUAACCACCACAGGGCUGACUCAGAGAGCAGUUUCCAUGAAGUUUUACUUGAAUGCAUGUCUUAUGGUAAGGGCAGCUCUACCAGCCUGAGUAGCAUGAGCAGCAGUGAUGCCAAUGAACAGAUCAACUUCUCAUUGGGCAUCCAGGAGGAGGACGAGUCAGAUGAUGAGUUCCAGUGGAGCAGGAAGUUCACUCUUACCAGGGGGUCAGCGUCCCCCCUGAGGUCAGCCUCCCCCCUGAGGUCAGCCUCACCCAGAACACACUGCAGCUCACCCAUCAAUGUCAGACGUCCAUCCAGCGACAGCCAGGCGCUGUCCAUCAAGUCCAACCACUUUGUGUCCACUAGUCUGGCCAGAGCUACCAGCCCCAUGCUGGUGCCACACAGGGCUGAGCAGGUCAACCUGACACACAGUAUAGGCAGCUGGCAGAUCAUCUCCAGUAGUGACAACGUACCUGGCAACACAUCACAGAGUGACAGUAGCAAUGACAGAGCCAGUCACAUCAGCUCAUGCCAAGAGGCUGUGGCCAUGAAUGUGAGCAGCCUAAGAUGGAAGAGACUGGACAUGGUGUCUCAGCUCUUUGAUACAGCCUAUAUCAGCGCUGUCCACUCCCAGCCCCUAAGACAGUCCUCAGGCAAUGGCAUCAGCUCCUUGUUUGGUCGUAUAGCGGAGCAGGUGGGCCUCAGGGCCCCCAACAAUCAGGGAGUCAGGGCCCCCAACAGUCAAGGAGCUUCGACCUUGAGGGCAGCACAUCAUCAUGGGCUGUCUGGCUCAACAAGGACUGGAUUUUAGGCCACACAAGGACAACCACAGGGACAGUUGACUGACCUCAGGGACAGUUGACUGACCUCAGGGACAGUUGACUGACUUUCAUAUUUAGUUAUUUUCAAAGCUUUAAAUCUCUAGAAUAACAAAUAAUUUCCAAUUUUUCCUGUCAAAUAAUGAAGCUAUGAAAUUGUUUUAGAACUUUCAAAUUAUUGUUGAUAAAAUUUGUCAUCUGUACAGUCUAGUCAUUGGCAAGUAAUGUCACAUAUUUUAUGUUGGAUGAUUUAUCUAGUGGUGUCAGACACAUUUUAUGUUGGAUGAUUUGUUGGCUAGUGAUGUAUUUAUAUUUUAAGUUGGAUGAUUUUGUCAAACUUUUUAAGAAUGAGUUUUAAACUGGACUGACCUAAUGAAUGUGUGGAUAGUUGGACUGGAUCUAAAGACCUGAAGUUGUGAGUUUUAAUGACCUGUUGAUUGUAAAGUGUAUGUGGUUUGUGUGGACUAAUGUGGGAGGUCACAUACAAACUGUGUGGGAGGUCACAUACAAACUGUGUGGGAGGUCACAUACAAACUGUGUGGGAGGUCACAUACAAACUGUGUGGGAGGUCACAUACAAACUGUGUGGGAGGUCACAUACAAACUGUGUGGGAGGUCACAUACAAACUGUGUGGGAGGUCACAUACAAACUGUGUGGGAGGUCACAUACAAACUGUCUGCUAAAUGUACAGGUACAGGUUUGACAGAAUCAAGUAGAUGAAUUUUAUUUCAAUGUGAUGUGACUAGCAUAUGCCCUGACUGUAGUACUAACAUAUGCCCUGACUGUAGUACUAACAUAUGCCCUGACUGUAGUACUAACAAAUGCCCUGACUGUAGUACUAACAUUUUGAAGAGAAACAAAAGCCCUUAGAUAUGUUUUAUCUAAUGUAUGAAGUAGAGUCUAUGACCAGUUUUAUUUAAUGACUUUAAUUUAAUGUCUUUAAUUUAAACUUUAAUUACAAUUUUUUUUUAUUCAAGCCGUAGAUCAACCAUUUUAGUCACAACCAUUGUAGGCCAACCAUUUUAGUCCCUGUAGGCCAACCAUUUUAGUUGGUGUAGGCCAACCAUUUUAGUUGGUGUAGGCCAACCAUUUUAGUUGCUGUAGGUCAACCAUUUUAGUUGCUGUAGGUCAACCAUUUUAGUUGGUGUAGGCCAACCAUUUUAAUUGGUGUAGGCCAACCAUUUUAGUUGCUGUAGGCCAACCAUUUUAGUUGCUGUAGGUCAACCAUUUUAGUUGGUGUAGGUCAACCAUUUUAGUUGGUGUAGGCAAACCAUUUUAGUUGGUGUAGGCCAACCAUUUUAGUUGCUGUAGGCCAACCAUUUUAGUUGCUGUAAGCCAACCAUUUUAGUUGCUGUAGGCCAACCAUUUUAGUUGCUGUAGGCCAACCAUUUUAGUUGCUGUAGGCCAACCAUUUUAGUUAUUACCAAACACUGGUUGGUUCAAGCCAUCAUAUUUUGCUGUGGACCAACUUUCUGCCCUUGAAUUUGCAAGCUGAUGUUUUUGUUGUACAUAGAAGCAAACACUUGAAUUACCUAAUUGACCUGUGUUUUUGAAUUACCUAAUUGACCUGUGUUUUUACCUUUGAACUAAUUGACCUGUUUUUACCUUUGACUAAUUGACCUGUUUUUACCUUUGACUAAUUGACCUGUAUUUACCUUUGAACUAAUUGACCUGUGUGUUCUAUAUAAAAAUGUCCAGUGCCAUAUGUAUUUGUGUUGAAGGGAAGUGGGGGUGUAGUUCCAGUUACUAUGACAACUACAAAGCACCAACUAAUGGCUGUGAUCUGUUGAAAAUUUUUAAAAAUAUUCCUUAUGCAUUUAUAAAUAAAGCAAGUUGUCAGUA